AUGGACUCAUCCCAAAACACCAUCUCAGGCGAUCUCCCCAUCCGCCUUGCCAGACCGAAGCAGUUAAGCCCUGUGCAAGAAACCAAGGAACCCACCCAGACCGUGCCCAAGCCGGCCAUCGACCCCAAGUUUCUGGAAGACGAGGCAGCCAGCCAGAUCGACCUGUCUACGAUCCUGCCAGAGAACAAGCGAAAGGCCAAAAGGAGGCCUAAGAGCAAGCGAGGACGAAAUGCUCCUACUGGGUUUGAAGAUUUCUAUGCCGAUUCACCUGUGUCGCCAGCCGAGUACCAGGAGCUGCGUGAACUCUACGAUCCUGCUCGGUCCUUCGCAGACCGCAUUGACGAGGCACUGAUGCGCUUCCAGAAGAAUCGUCGCCUGGAUAGCGAAAGAUCCAAUGUGUUCCUAAAGUAUCUACAAUAUGGCGGAGUGACUAUUGGGCCCAAUGCUGGCGGGGGUGUGGCUGCCCAAGAGCUAAAAGGAAUGGACAAGGACGACGCUCUCCGGGCUCGCAGUACGACUGCCGUCUUCUUGACCCAAUCGAAGCUGGAAGUUGACUUUAACGAUGUUGUCCGAGGAUACCUGAGCUCGUACUUCCCUUUUUAUUUCCUGCCCGACGACGAGCACACCAUCAAGCUGGCCACUGUCACCAUUCGGAACUUUCUGUCCUAUCUGCUCCAUCAUGAUGUCUGCCCCGAGCACAAGGACAACAUUGACCAGGCCAGAAAGAUCUGUACUCUUGCAGAGAUUGAGUUGUGGAAGAACCUCCAGCUUGUCAGCGCUGGGCCAGGCUACUUCAACCAGGCCUGCUCCAUGCUGUUUGGGGGUUACCAUUUCGAGCAUCCCCCGAACGCCGAGGAAGCAGGCCAACUGAGCCACGAUGCUGCACGGAAAGUGGUCAAAUUUGCAAUUGCUGGCUGCGGGACGAACGGACAGGCUUCUCUCUUUCGUGCCAUGGCAGACAACGACAUUCUCUCAGCAAUGAAAGUCGAAGACAUCGACGGAUUUGAGAUUCUUACUGUCACCGAACCCGAUGGCGAGACCAUCGCAUUCUACAAAACCUACGUUUCAGACCUGAUCCCCGUGGGGAAGAUCCACGCCAAAGCGUUUCACGAUCCCGGCAAGCCAGACCUUGACCUCAGCCCCGAGGCGCGCUGGAACUGGGACCACGGCAACGAGCCACUGCCCGAGUUUGACUUCUUUCUGGAAGUCGGUCUGCUCUCACUCUGCUAUCCCGGGAUGAAGGUGAUGACUUCUGUUUGGGCGGUUAGCUGCGGGCUUCACUAUUUUGAUGAGAUCAUCUCCGUUUACACGUCUUUCUACACUGUCCUGGGCAAUGAUAUGAUGGUGGAGUGGAAGAAGCCCAAGGAUCUUAUGGGGCAGGAUGUGGAUGAGGUUGUUGAUGCGCUAUAG